AUGGAUGGUGAAGUCGAAGGGAUCACGAGGCGGGGGCCUGCGGGGGAUAUGUCCUCCAUGGGCCCCGACAUACCGCUGCGGACCCGGCAAGACGGCGUCCCCACCACCCAUCAAGUUGUGGGGGGGAUCGUGACGCUUCCCGCGCAGGCCCCCGGAGUGCCCAACGGCCAAACGACGUCACCGGGCGAUCCCCCCACCACCCCGUCAUCAAGUACAUGUUUGGGAUUGCGGUUUGGAUUGGGCCACCCCGUCAUCAAGUACAACGCGCUGUGGGAGGAGGGCAAGGCGGCGCUGGAGCAGCUGCUCAAGUUCAUGGUGCACCCGGCCAUCUCCAGCAUCAACCUGACGGCGGCGCUGGGCUCGCUGGCCACCAUCGCCCGCCAGCGGCCCAUGUUCAUGGCCGAGGUCAUCCAGGCCUACGAGACCCUCCAUGCCAACCUGCCGCCCACGCUGGCCAAGUCGCAGGUGAGCAGCGUGCGCAAGAACCUGAAGCUGCACCUGCUGAGCGUCCUGCGCCACCCGUCCUCGGGCGACUUCCAGCCGCAGAUCACCACGCUGCUGGUGGACCUGGGCACGCCGCAGGCCGAGAUCGCCCGCAGCAUGCCCAGCCCGCGCGAGGCGCGCAAGCGGCCCCGCGACGAGCCCGACGCCGCCCUCAAGAAGAUGAAGAUCGAGCCACCCCUGGGCGAGGACGACGAGGACAAGGACCUGGAGGCGCCGGCGGUGGCCGUGGCCAAAGUGGCCGGAGCGGUCACUGUCCCCUCGGACACCGACAUCACGGCCGAGUUCCUGCAGCCGCUGCUGACGCCCGAGAACGUGGCCAACCUGGUCAGGAGGGGACAUCGGCCUUGGGGACACUUUGGGGACAUCUUGGGGGGGGGUGUCACCUGUGUCACCUGUCCUGCUGACCCUCGGGAAUGUCCCCAACCUGGUCAGGAGGGGACAGUGGCCUUGGGGACACUUUGGGGACAUCUGGGGGAGGGUGUCACCUGUGUCACCUGUCCUGCUGACCCUCGGGAAUGUCCCCAGCCUGGUCAGGAGGGGACAAUGGCCUUGGGGACAUCUUGGGGGGGGGUGUCACCUGUGUCACCUGUCCUGCUGACCCUCGGGAAUGUCCCCAACCUGGUCAGGAGGGGACAAUGGCCUUGGGGACAUCUGGGGGAGGGUGUCACCUGUGUCACCUGUCCUGCUGACCCCCGGGAAUGUCCCCAACCUGGUCAGGAGGGGACAUCGGCCUUGGGGACACUUUGGGGACAUCUGGGGGGGGGUGUCACCUGUGUCACCUGUCCUGCUGACACUCAGGAAUGUCCCUACCUG